AAUAGACUUUGCUCACGAGGCAAGGAAGCGUAUUUGGGCAAAAACAAUGGGAGCUUUUAGCAUUAACAAUUCAGAUACUUUUGAAAGCAAACAACGAAAUAAAUGGUUGGGACCACAUAGUUCUCCACUGUUGCUAUAUUCUAGCAGUAUUUCAAUGCAUUAUUAAUUCACAUGCAGCUCCCAACUUACUCAUGCAACUCAACUCAGAUAUUUCCAUGGAUAGUCAACUCUUCCUAAGCAGGUGAAGGUUCCGUAUAUUUAUGGUAGGUGAAAUUAGCUGCGCACUCAGAAGGGGGCGCCUUGGCCGUCCUCGUCCUGCGUUGUAAAACCACCAUCUCGUUCCGACAUGACCGGGGCUCGCGGUUGGCAGGUUUGUGGCUGAGAAUAUGCUAAACGCUCUGUCAUUGGCUGCUUCCGAGUAAACAGUGCUUUGGCAUAGCAAUUGAUAUCCUACAGCUGGAAGGUAGUGUUUGUCACACAAAGUGAGAGGGCUUAGAAAGUGAACGAAAGCUUAAUGUAGGGUCUCAAAAGGAGGGAUACCGAGGUUGUUUAUUUUUUUAAAGAGAGGUAUAGACCAAAGCUAAACUAUUAGAUUGCCAAAAUGCUUUGCCAUGUUACCCGUCCGGAUUCGGUGGUUAUGGAAGUGGAAGUUGAUACCAAGGCGAAUGGUGAAGACUGUCUGAAUAAGGUGUGUAGGAAGUUGGGAAUCCUAGAGGUGGACUACUUUGGCCUGCAGUUCUCAGGCAAUAAAGGAGAGAACCUGUGGCUCAACCUCAGGAACAGAAUCUGUCAGCAGGUGGACAAUCUGACUCCCUGCCGACUCCGGCUUCGAGUCAAGUUCUUUGUGGAACCACAUCUCAUACUCCAGGAACAGACGAGACAUGUGUUCUUCAUGCAGGUCAAGGAGAACCUCCACAGCGGCCACCUGAGGAUGUGUUCGGAGCAGGCUGAGGAGCUGAGUGCCCUGCUGGCCCAAGCUGAGUUCAGAGACUACAACCAGAACACAGCCAAGUACUGGUACUCUGAGCUAUGUGGGAGCGAACCCUGCCCGGCAACAGUCAACAGUAUCGUCUCUAAGCACAAGGCGUUGGAGGGUCAGAGCCCGGGGUCGGUGGAGUACCAGGCCCUGCAGCUGGUGUCCAGCCUGGAGCACUACGGGGUGGAGUGGCACUGGGCCAGGGACGCAGAGGGACAGAGGCUGGCCAUAGGGGUUGGCCCUGAAGGUAUCGCUGUCUGUAAAGAGGACUUCAGCCUGGUCAACAGGAUCAGCUAUCCCAUAAUACAAACAGCCACCCAGUCAGGGAAGAGUGUUUACCUGACGGUGACCAAGGAUACCAGCGACAGUGUGGUUCUGCUAUUCAAGCUGAUCAGCAACCGGGCAGCAAGCGGACUGUACCGGGCCAUCACUGAGACACACGCCUUCUACAGGUGUGACACGGUGACCAGCGCGGUGAUGAUGCAGUACAGCCGUGACUUCAAGGGUCACCUGGCGUCUCUCUUCCUCAAUGAGAACAUCAACCUGGGCAAGAAGUACGUCUUCGACAUCCGACGCACCUCCAAGGAGGUCUACGACUACGCACGCCGGACGCUCUACAACGCCGGAAUCAUGGCGGCGGUUGGCGAGAGGACUCCAUCGGGGCUCAGUCCACUGCGUGGGCAGGAGGAGGGGCUGGGAGAGGACUGUGGGAGCUGUCAGCAGAGCAGGGCGCUGCUGGAGAGACUAGAGAAACUCAGAGACGCUCUGCUGUGUAUGUUGUGCUGUGUGGAGGAGAUCGACUCAGCCUUCUGCCCCUGUGGACACAUGGUGUGCUGCCAGACCUGCGCCAACCAACUACAGUCGUGUCCGGUGUGUCGGUUGGAGGUGGAACACGUGCAGCAUGUCUACCUCCCCACCUGCACCAGUCUCCUGAACUUCACCACCACCACCUCUCACCAUGGCGACGACAGCCCCGGCCCCAUCCACAGAGCUAUGUGUGGUCUAGGACACACCUGCCACACCAAGGACAACUGCAACACCAACACCCGACACGACUCCAACAACAUCUACCACACAGAGACAUAGAACCACUUCACCACUCCCAGGCUGUGUACCAAAUGGCUCCCUGGCACUACAUGGGGAAUCGGGUGCAAUUUGGGAAGCAGCCCAGUCCAGUUCCAACAGCAUUGGGUUCUGUUGGGUUGUUUUCGCCGUGCCACUCUCCCUGACGGUGGUAUUUUCUCCACUCCCCACUGUAAAUGAUAUGGAUUAUUUUUAAACCAAUGAUCGACUUGGGAUUUUUUUAAUACCUCCCCUCCCUUUUAGGUUUAGGUUUAUUGCGUAUUAUUUAGUUUUAAUCUAAUUUCAUCAGUUGAUCUGAUCUGAAUUAGUGGCGCUAUUUUGAUUUAUUUCACCAUUUUUGGUUGUGUUGUUUUUUUUCUCCACAUUGGUCUACAGAACGUGAAUAAUGUAUUGGGCUCAUAACCUGCAGCGUUUGUACAAGACGAGGACAUUCUGUGUUCUAGGAGAGUACUAGGCAACCUGGACAUUCUGUGUUCUAGGAGAGUACUAGGCAACCUGGACAUUCUGUGUUCUAGGAGAGUACUAGGCAACCUGGACAUUCUGUGUUCUAGGAGAGUACUAGGCAACCUGGACAUUCUGUGUUCUAGGAGAGUACUAGGCAACCUGGACAUUCUGUGUUCUAGGAGAGUACUAGGCAACCUGGACAUUCUGUGUUCUAGGAGAGUACUAGGCAACCUGGACAUUCUGUGUUCUAGGAGAGUACUAGGCAACCUGGACAUUCUGUGUUCUAGGAGAGUACUAGGCAACCUGGACAUUCUGUGUUCUAGGAGAGUACUAGGCAACCUGGACAUUCUGUGUUCUAGGAGAGUACUAGGCAACCUGGACAUUCUGUGUUCUAGGAGAGUACUAGGCAACCUGGACAUUCUGUGUUCUAGGAGAGUACUAGGCAACCUGGACAUUCUGUGUUCUAGGAGAGUACUAGGCAACCUGGACAUUCUGUGUUCUAGGAGAGUACUAGGCAACCUGGACAUUCUGUGUUCUAGGAGAGUACUAGGCAACGUAGAGUCAUUCAGUUUUAAACGUUUCUUUUAAGCUUUGAGAAUCUCAUUUCAUGGUUCUAAUGGAGGGAAAUGCAUUUCAUUUUUGUUGUUCGUUUCCUGUUUAGUUGUUUGUUUUCCAUGUAGUUCCUAUGGUUUCCAUGCCAACGAGAAGGUAUUUGAGGGGUAGGAAGCACAGCACAGCAUUCUGAUUUAGAGAUGGAAUGUGUCCCAAAUGACAUGCUAUUCCUUAUAUGUUGUGCACUACUUUGGGCUCUGGUCAAAAGUAGUGCACUAUAUAGGGAAUAGCAUGUAAUUUGGGAUGCAGUUGUGGGUAAGUCUUGACGAUAAGCCCAGUAUUAUUCUCUUCAUGUGUAGAUGGGUUCUGGAUCCAAACAAGAACUUCGACAGGGAAAGAGAAAUGGUUGAAUGACCCUCAGUAAAAAGAUUCAAACAGAACUCCAUGAGCUCCGUCCAUUCAUUAUUUCAUCCCAUAUGAACAGGAACCCACAGAAAUGCAGGUCCCCAAAAUAAGAUGUUUUAAGUAUUCUGUGAUUUUUUAUUUAUUGCUAAGGCUGUUUUUUUUUUCUAGCCUUAGUCUAGAUCUGUUUGUGUUGCAUCACUAACCCAGACCAUAGGAGUUAGUUAUAUAACACAAACAGAUCUGGGAUCAGCCACUACUGUGUAUUCUGUCCUUCUGUAGCUCAGUUGGUAGAGCAUGGCGCUUGUAACGCCAGGGUAGUGGGUUCGAUUCCCGGGACCACCCAUACGUAGAAUGUAUGCACACAUGACUGUAAGUCGCUUUGGAUAAAAGCGUCUGCUAAAUGGCAUAUAUUAUUAUUAUUAUAUAUUAUUCUGUGAUCAGUAUUUCUGUUUUUAUGUGGUCAACUAGUGAGUUCCUUAUGAUUUCAUUAUUAAAGGGUACUAGUCUUAUCAGUGCAAUACUAGCUGCUUUUUGAAAAGCCUUUAUGUAUUUUUAGGGCAGAAUAUAUAUUUCUAUCUACAUUCACUUUACCAAGGAAGCUCCCCAAGUGAAUUAUCCGUAGGGUUUUGCCUUAUUAAUGUAGCAACAUGGGUCUGUCUCCCAAAUGGCACCCUAUUACUUACGUAGUGCACUACUUUUGACCAGGGCCCAUAGGAUUCUGGUCAACAGUAGUGCACUGAAUAGGGAAUAGGGUGCCAUUUUGAGACUCACUCACAUUGUGUUUUUCGGUAUGCGUUCUUUCUUUGCACAGACUUUCUUUGUUUAGAAAGAUAAUGAAGAAUGUUUUCUUUAUGGCUGGAACCAUUUGGCACAUUGUCACUGCAGGGGAUUGAUGCUUUUCACUUUGUAGAAGUAGGAUUUGUUUCUGUUUUUUUGAAGCAAAAACCUAUUCUCUGUAAAUGUAGAAAGAAAUUACUUUGGAUAUUUUGUAUGUUAUUUGUUUGAAUGAGAAAAGUGUUAAUAAAGUUGUUUUUUAAACAUUA